AUGUUAGAAGAUAUUUUCCAGUCCUCCACUUCAGUCUCCCUGCUGGUGACUGUUGUGGGUCUGCUUGCCUUCCACAAUUUUUACUCCAGCUUCAGCUCCCAAGAAAAGAGAAGGGAGCCUCCAGGACCAACAUGCCUCCCCCUGCUUGGUAAUCUGCUUCAGGUGGAUCUCAAGAGACUUGACAGCUCUCUUUUUGAUCUGUCCAAGAAAUAUGGACCAGUGUUCACGGUCCACCUCGGACUCCAGAAGGUGGUUGUGCUGGCAGGAUACAAGACAGUCAAACAGGCUCUGGUCAACCAUGCUGAGGAGUUUGGAGACAGAGACAUCACUCCCAUAUUCUACGAUGUACACAAAGGGCAUGGCUUGCUAUUUUCCAACGGUGACUCGUGGAAAGAGAUGAGACGUUUUGCUAUAGCCACGCUGAAAGAUUUUGGGAUGGGCAAAAGGAUUACUGAGGAGAAAAUCAUUGACGAAUGUCACUACCUGAUUGAAGUAUUUGAACAACAUGAAGGUAAAGCCUUCGACAACACCCAGGCAAUUAGUUUUGCGUCUUCAAAUAUUGUAGCAGCCAUCGUGUUCGGAAAGAGGUUUGAAUACAAAGACCCUGUCCUCCGAACUAUGCUGAAAAAAGACCACGAGACCAUCCAUCUUUUGGGAUCUCCUUCCAUCCUGAUGUACAACAUGUUUCCUUGGCUGGGCCCUUUUCUUCAGAACUGGAAGCGUUUGAUUGAGAAUGUGAGAGAGAAUGAGGAGGAUAUAAAAAGAAUCGUAGCAGAUCUGAAGGAGACUCUGAACCCUGAGAUGCACAGAUGCUAUGUUGACGUAUUCCUGACCCGUAAGAUGAAUCUGGAGGAGUCUGAAAGCAAGGAUUCACACUAUCAUGUUGAAAACUUGGUCACCAGUGUGACAAGUCUGUUUGCAGCUGGAACUGACACCUCAGCAAACACACUUCAGUGGUGUCUUCUUUUCAUGGCCAAGUACCCUCACAUUCAAGACCAGGUCCAGGAGGAGCUGAGCAGGGUGGUCGGAAGCCGCCAGGUCCGUGUAGAGGACAGGAAGAACCUGCCGUACACUGACGCUGUGAUCCAUGAGUCACAAAGACUGGCCAACGUCACCCCCUUGUCUAUUCCUCACAAAACCAGCCGAGAUGUCACCUUCCAGGGCUACUUCAUCAAGGCGGGGACUACUGUGUUUCCUCUUCUUACUUCUGUCCUGUAUGAUGAGAGCAUGUGGGAGAGCCCACACACUUUCAACCCUUCCCACUUCCUGGAUAAGGAGGGUAAAUUCAUCAGAAGAGAGGCCUUUAUGGCCUUUUCUGCAGGUCGCAGGAUGUGCAUCGGAGAGAGUCUUGCUAAGAUGGAGCUCUUCCUCUUCUUCACCUCCCUCCUCCAGCACUUUCGUUUCACUCCUCCGCCCGGAGUUACCGAGGAGGAACUGGAUCUCGCACCAUCUGUGGGCUUCACCCUCACCCCUUUGCCUCAUGAGCUGUGUGCUGUCCGUCGCCACUGA